AUGUCGUCCAGGUCAGGUUGUAACGAGGAGUCUGUGCUCAUGCAGCAUAUUUUCAGCAAAUACAACAAGAAUCGGCCUGCCCGGACACCCACAGACAAGGUGGAGGUUCAGGUCAAACUGAUCCUCACCAACCUGAUCUCCCUGAACGAGAAGGAGGAGACUCUAACCACCAACGUGUGGAUCGAGAUACAAUGGGAAGACUAUCGUCUGACCUGGAACAAAUCAGAGUUCUUCAACAUCGGUGUGAUCCGUGUGCCGUACAACAUGGUGUGGCUCCCUGAUAUCGUCCUUGAGAACAACAUCGAUGGGAAGUUUGACGUAGCUUACUACGCUAACGUCCUGAUCUAUGCAGAAGGCUACAUGUAUUGGCUCCCCCCAGCCAUAUACCGCAGCACCUGCGCCAUAGAGAUCACCUACUUUCCCUUCGACUACCAGAACUGCACUCUCGUCUUCAGGUCUCAGACGUACAACGCUAAUGAGCAUAUUAUAUUGGCAAUCGACGGAGACUCUCAAAUCGAGUGGGUGGACAUAGACCCCGAAGCGUUUGCAGAGAACGGGGAGUGGGCCAUCAAACACCGGCCGGGCAGGAAGCUGAUAAACACUCGCUACUCCCCUGAAGACCUGGAGUACCAGGAGAUCAGCUUCAACCUGAUCAUCCAAAGGAAGCCUCUGUUCUACAUCAUCAACGUCAUCCUGCCCUGCUCGCUCAUCUCCUCGCUGGUCGUGCUCGCCUACUUCCUGCCCGCUCAGGCUGGAGGGCAGAAGCUGACCGUGUCCAUCUCAGUCCCUGCUGCCCAGACUGUCUUCCUCUUCCUUAUCGCUCAGAAGGUCCCGGAAACUUCUCUCUCCGUUCCCCUGAUUGGCAAGUAUCUCAUCUUCGUCAUGUCAGUGACCACUCUCAUCGCCACCAAUCAGAUUGUGGUGCUAAACAUUUCCCUGCGCAGUCCAAGCACCCACACCAUGUCCUACACAAUCAAACAUGUGUUCCUGGAGCUGGUCCCUCGCUUCCCUGCGCAUGCCCCCCCUGCUUGGACGAUGAGCGAGGCGGAGGUGAACGGGGUGCGUGAGCGGCGGCGGAGCUCGUUCGGCCUGAUGCAGAGAGCCGAGGAGUACGUCCUCAAGCAGCCUCGCAGCGAGAUGUUGUUCGACAAGCAGAGGGAGCGACACGGACUCACACGCUCCUUCGUGGACACCAUUGACGUGAGCUCCACAGCCACCCUGUACAAGAGUCUGGCUCAAGGCCCGGAGAUCAAGGAGUGUGUGGACGCCUGUAACUUCAUCGCUGAGAGCACAAGGCAGCAGAACGACAUAGGAUCCGAAAGGGAGAGCUGGGUGUUGAUCGGGAAGAUGAUUGACAAGGUGUGUUUCUGGGUGGCCAUCCUCCUUUUCUCCAUAGGAACGGUGGCCAUAUUCCUGACUGGACACUUCAACCAGGUCCCAGAGUUACCCUUUCCCGGGGAGAACAAGAGAUACUCCCCCAGCUAGGAUGCCACAACCGCCCCCGAACAGUUUACUUUUUUUUUUUAUUAUCAUUUAACAGAUGCUUGUAUCCAAAGUGACAUUUAAGUAGUGCAUGUAAAAAGUACAGCGGAAGAUCACGGAUCAGAAGAGUACAGUUCUAACAGGAUUCAGUGGCCAUGGAAGUCAUGUAACGUUUUUUACCAGAUACAGUGUAUAGUAACCCCGUCUCAGCUACCAGGCAUGAUGCACCGGUAAUGUGUAAAGUAAUACAGUGCAUCAGUAACAUCUUAACUGCACUAUUAUAUUUACAUUUAGUCAUUUAGCAGACGCCCUUAUCCAGAGCGACUGGCACGGCUGGGAAUCGAACCGCCAACCUUCUGAUUAAUAGCCCUAUUCCCUAACCGCUCAGCCAUCAGACAGGCCUAUUACAUAGUACAGUACAACAAAACAAUGACAUGCACCAUAAAAAAAUAUGUAGUGUGUGCGGUCCCUUACAAUAUAGUGGUACAACCGGAUUGUCAGGGUGAAUCCAUGAGGGUGGACAGAGAGAGUGCAGAGUGAGCCGCCGGCAAGGAAGGAUUUCCAAGUAAGAAAACGUUAACUUCUUCCAAAACCAGGAACAAGCAGGGAGUCACAUGAACAUGACAAGGAACCCACAAUGACUGACAUAGGGAGUGGACACGUACACAGGGCACACGGACAACAGCUGGGAGAUUAGAGAGAGAGGGACAACAGCUGGGUGAAGGAGAGACCGGAGGUGCAGGAAGCCAGGAGAGAGAGAGACAAGACCAGGGCUGGAACACACCCAGGAAAACAGACAGGACACCAGGGCAGGGAAAAAAGAGAUCUUGGGCCAGAUAUCAAAUACAAUUUCUAGAGAAUUGUACAAAUCAGCGGGGAUCUCAAGAAGGAAUGUACUGUGAAGGAGGUGGUGACUCGUGUUCUGGUCCCAGUAUGGGAUUCUUGAUUUUCAAACAGUUUCUUGAAAGUAUACUGUUGUUUGUACUUUUUCUGAAGAUCUCAAUGAGGACGUUUUUAAUGACUUUAAUUAUCAAGGGUUGUAAUGUUUGUGUUCUCUAUUGUCUUAUUCAUUCAAAUUAAUUAAAGUCAAAUAUUUUUUUUUA